AUGGCCUCGGGCUCAGGCAACAAUGGAGACAAGUCCAAGCCCAAGCCCAGUGCCCUCCGCUCGAUCAUAGCCGGCUCAACAGCUGGAGCAGUGGAAAUCUCCAUUACAUAUCCCUUCGACCUCCUGAAGACACGAUCGCAACUGAACCGCCGCUUACCGGACUCCAAGAAGUUGCCAUGGCCGCCCUUCCCGUCGAAAGAAUGGUACACCGGCUGCACGACAGCCAUAGUGGGGAACUCGGUCAAGGCCGGCGUGCGGUUCAUGUCCUUCGACACGUAUAAACACCUCCUAUCAGACGAGAAUGGGCAGAUAUCCGGGCCCAGGACAGUCGCCGCCGGGUUCGGCGCAGGCGUCACCGAAUCCUUGCUGGCAGUCACGCCGUCAGAAUCAGUGAAAACCCAGCUGGUGGAUGACAGGAAAAGACCGAAUCCCCGAAUGCGCGGCUUCAUCCAUGGGUCUACAGUCAUCGCCCGAGAGAAGGGCAUUAGGGGUUUCUUUCAGGGAUUUAUCCCCACGACGGCACGCCAGGCGGCCAACAGUGCGGUCAGAUUUAGCACUUAUACGAGCCUCAAACAGUUCGCGGAAGGCUACGUUGCCCCUGGAGAGAAGCUGGGGUCGUUGACAACGUUCGCGCUGGGGGCAAUGGCCGGUGUGGUCACAGUCUACAGCACAAUGCCGCUCGAUACCGUCAAGACACGCAUGCAGAGUUUGGAAGCGAAGCAAACCUACAAGAACAGCUUCCAUUGUGCGGCAAUGAUAUACAAGAACGAAGGGAUACUGACGUUUUGGUCUGGAGCAUUACCGCGCCUGGGUCGCCUGACACUGAGUGGUGGUAUUGUCUUUACGAUGUAUGAGAAAACUAUGCAACUACUGGAUCUUGCGGAUCCCGACAGGAGGUACAUAUAG